UCAUCGAAAUACUGCCAAAAUGCUCGAUUUUAAAUCGUAAAAUUUUCUAGUGACAAUAAUACGAUUUUAGCCGAAACGGGAUGUUCAAAUAUCCAUACUAUUCACGCCUAUCAUUGUCAUUAUACUUGUGACCAAAUAUAAAUAAUACCAUAAUUUUUGAAAACCAUUAAAAAUGAAGAUGAAAUAAGUAACACAUUCUUCAACCUAAUUGGAACUGCUUAGAACAAAAGCGGGUUAAAAUAUCCCCCAAUGAAAUUCAUUUGCAAUUUCAUAGGUAGUCCCUACUUUCACUUCUAUAAUUUUGAGAAAACACCACUUCUCAACAACAAUCAAAGUCAAUUGCAAUUUCAUCAAUAGUCCCCACUCGUGGGCUCAUUUCAAUUGCAAGCAAAUUUGCACACCAAGCAAAUUUGCACACUUGCAAUGGCACCCCACAUCAAUGCAAUUCAAAGUUGCAAUUGCAACUUAUUGCCACAUCAGCUUGCAAGUCACUAUAAUUUCACCAUUGGAGAUGCUCUUAUGCAAAUUUGCACCCUUGCAAUAGCAUCCCACAUCAUAGCAAUUUAAAUAUGCAAUUGCACCUCCUUGCCACAUCAUCUUACAAGUCACAAAAAAUGCACCAUUGGAGAUGACCAUUACUGCAUCUCGUCACCUGUCUUAGGGAACUUAGCCAUGGCAAAUUCAAAAAAUACUGUAUGCAUAGAAAAAUAUUGGUCUGGACAAUUCAAAAAAUAGGAGACCUUCCGAGUCAGAUGAUGUACUGGCUCCCCUCAGUACCUGACAGUUUUGAGUGCUGGAGAAUUAAAGAAAAGACAAAAGACUAGAAAAAAACCAACAAAGACUUAGGAAACUUGUUAACAGAAGACAUCCAUUGUCUGCCCCUUUGCUGCUCCAACGCUCCACCCCGCCCUGCAUUAAUCGACUCUCAUGUAAGCCGAGGACGUUUGCUUGAGGAGGCCUCAGGGGUCUCUUGAUGCUCCGUAUGCCGAUUCUCAAUAAAAGUAUUGGUCAAUUCGGCUAUAGGGUACACCGGCAAAUAGGCGCACUGGUCCUCCUUAACAUAAACCCCCAAGGUGGCCAUGAAGGUGGCAUAGGGAAAGGCAGUGUACAAGUUUUCCCCUUUAGGUGCAGCCUCAACCAUGUUCAGGCACAUGAGACAUGCGAGGUUAACAGGAACACCUCUUUGAGCUUGCACAAGGAUAAAGUCAAGUUUACGAAUAAUCGAAUGACCACGGCACCUUGGCAGGAAGCAGUUGACGAUCAUCCAGUGGAGGAAUCGAAGAGGAUCUGGGAGGAAAGAAGCCUAGAUGCGCCCCUUUGUGAGUUUCGCCAGUUCAACUUCAAACUCAAAAUCGUACAGCCGCCCAAGAUCGCUUCUGCUCUCAAUGGGGUGUCCUCCGGCAGGAAGAUCGAGGAUUUCAGCAAACUGAUGAGGCUGGAAGCAGACUCUAUGUCCCAGGAAGAUCGACACGAGAUGAGAAUCACAAGGACCAGAAAGCUGUAAAUUGUGAUAGAACUUCCUCACCACAUGGGGGGCAGUAACUGGUGCUUCCUCGACUCCGGAGAUCAAAGAACUUUUCCCAACCAAGAUUUUUUAUUAACGUCUUCACUUCUGGAGGGAAAUGACUUAGGUGGAUGAACUCGUACUCGGCCACAAUUGCUGUUUUGCUUGUAAAUGAAAGAUAGUCACCGAUGGAGUCUGGAGGAAGAAGGAACAAGGGGAAGGUGAAGAUGGAGGAAAUAGAGAAUGUAGGUGUAAGAAAAAGUGAUCGUGGGGGUUGAGUCUGGAGACGUGAGUGUGAUGGAGAUGGUUGAGUCCGGAAUGUCAAGAUUUAGAAGAUUUCGGAAGAUAUGUAAUGAUGAUGGUAACUCGUGUAGGCUAAACUAGGGUAAGUAAAGCUAGUUAAACUAGGGUUGGCGCACGAAUUGAUACGGCAGGAGAAAUGAAAUGGGCUCUCACGUUCCAGGCCCACUUUUGAAUAUUGCAUGGAUAAUGUACAAGCCCACUUUUGAAUGUUAUUUAAAAGCCUGCAAAAAUCAAUGAUCAGACCCAGUCCAACUAGAAUUAGUCCUAAACGCACCGUUAAUACAUAAACACAAAUUAAGGAGACCUCUCCAUCCGAUUCGAAUCAAAUUAUGUCUUCUUCAUCUCCUUCCUCAAUCCUCUGGGCGAGACGAACACUACAUAUCAGGAAACCUUAAUUUCACCGAGUGGUAGAACUUUCGAGAAAAUAAAAUGACAAUAACGCU